UCUCGUGCCGCUGCCCGCCCCCGCCCCCCUCCGCCGCGCACGUGCCCGCCCGCCGCCCUGAGCGUGUCAUACGACCGCCGGAGGUCUCUCCGCCCUCGAUCGUAUGUCUUCCUAAGUAUGCCCGCGUGAGGGAGAGAGAUGGAGAUGGUGCUCCGACCGACGCCAUGGAGGUCACAAGAGACCGCCGACGCCUCCCUGCUGUGGGCCGACGCCACGCAUGGAUGUUGGAGCCGGCGAGGUACACGACGGCUCCACCUGCGCCUCCCACAGCAGCAACUCCUAGCCGAGGUUUUGAGAUCUUUGCUUUCCCAUGCAACCAGUUUGGUGGGCAGGAACUUGGCAUUGAUAAGGAAAAUGUUCAGAUUGAUUUCUGACAAGGUUUUUUGGUUUCGUCGCUCCUUUGUUAUAUGGAAGAAGACUUCAUGUAUAUAUGAUCAUUCAGUCACAGUUUCUGUAUUUUAG